AGGUGCUGCUCCGUCGUCGCCGAAGGUCCACGGCGGGUUUGGACACUAGAGGGCGACCACCAACCCGGUAUAAAUGCUGGGCCCGCGCGGACCUGGCCAUUCGCGACCGGGAGCUGAGCGGGCGCGAGCGAGUAGGGCCUCCGGGUGGGCGGCGGCAGCAGCGGCGCCCCGCGCAGGCUGGAGGCCGCCGAGGCUCGCCAUGCCGGGAGGACUUUAGCUCCCCCAUGGAGUCGGCCGACUUCUACGAGGCGGAGCCGCGGCCCCCGAUGAGCAGCCACCUCCAGAGCCCCCCGCACGCGCCCAGCAGCGCCGCUUUCGGCUUUCUCCGGGGCGCGGGUCCCGCGCAGCCCCCAGCCCCACCUGCCGCCCCGGAGCCGCUGGGCGGCAUCUGCGAACACGAGACGUCCAUCGACAUCAGCGCCUACAUCGACCCGGCCGCCUUCAACGACGAGUUCCUGGCCGACCUGUUCCAGCACAGCCGGCAGCAGGAGAAGGCCAAGGCGGCCGCGGCCCCCGCAGGAGGCGGCGGCGACUUUGACUACCCGGGCGCCCCCGUGGGCCCCGGCGGCGCCGUCAUGCCCGGAGGGGCGCACGGCCCCCCGCCCGGCUACGGCUGCUCGGCGGCCGGCUACCUGGACGGCAGGCUGGAACCCCUGUACGAGCGCGUCGGGGCGCCGGCUCUACGGCCGCUGGUGAUCAAGCAGGAGCCGCGCGAGGAGGACGAGGCGAAGCAGCUGGCGCUGGCCGGCCUCUUUCCCUACCAGCCUCCGCCGCCGCCGCCACCACAGCACUCACACCCGCCGCCCGCUCACCUGGCCGCCCCGCACCUGCAGUUCCAGAUCGCGCACUGCGGCCAGACCACCAUGCACCUGCAGCCCGGCCACCCCACGCCGCCGCCCACGCCCGUGCCCAGCCCGCACCCAGCGCCCGCGCUCGGCGCCGCUGGCCUGCCAGGCCCCGGCGGCGCGCUCAAGGGGCUGGCCGUCGGGCACCCAGACAUCCGCGCGGGCGGCGGCGGCGGCGGCGGCGGCGGCGCGGGCAAAGGCAAGAAGUCCGUGGACAAGAACAGCAACGAGUACCGGGUGCGGCGCGAGCGCAACAACAUCGCGGUGCGCAAGAGCCGGGACAAGGCCAAGCAGCGCAACGUGGAGACGCAGCAGAAGGUGCUGGAGCUGACCAGUGACAAUGACCGCCUGCGCAAGCGGGUGGAACAACUGAGCCGCGAACUGGACACGCUGCGGGGCAUCUUCCGCCAGCUGCCUGAGAGCUCCCUGGUCAAGGCCAUGGGCAACUGCGCGUGAGGCGCGCGGCGGCGGGACCGCCCUGGGCCGGCCGCUGGCUGGGACCCAGGGAGUGGUUUCGGGUCGCCGGAUCUCAAGACUGCCCGAGCCGCGCAAGCCAGGACUAGGAGAUUCCGGUGCAGCCUGAGAGCCUGGCCUGCCGCGCGUACCCCUGGCCUUCCUCUGCGCCCGACACGGUGCGUCUAAGAUGAGGGGUCAGACAGAGAGGAGAAGCUCCGUGGGGCAGAGCCGGGAGCCCGGCAACUCUAGUAUUAAAGGAAUAACCCUGUGCCUUGGAAACGCAAACUCACGGCUCCGAUUCCUACCGAGUAGGGGGAGCAAAUACGUGCCUUGUCAUUUUAUUUGGAGGGUUCCUGACCUCGCGAGAGAAGAAGGGGUGCAGGCCCCCCCCAACCCCCGGCAGGAGGAAGGUUCAGGGAGCAGAGAUCCCGAUAAGCCGGCCCCAGCCGCUCCUGAGCGCCUAUCCUUGGAGGGGAGGAAACACAGGGACUUGGGGCUUUGAACCUAAGGUUGUUCCCCUAGUUCUACAUGAAGGUGGAGGGUCCCUAGUUCCUUGCCUCUAAACUCCCAGCCUGCAACAGGCUGGGCUCUUCUGGGCAGAACUCACCGAGAUGGGCGUCACCGGGUGACCAGUGGGAGCCUCCCGCCCCCAGUCAGAUCAGAAAGCCAGGUCGUGGGUUAGGUAUGAGGUCGUGGGUUAGGUAUGAGGACGUGUGUUCAUGGGAGUGGUGGCCUGGUGGGAGAGGGGGACCUAGAGAUCUGGUCUAGGGGUUAGCAGGGGGGUGGUGAAGGGACACUGGGACCAUCAGCCUUGUCUGUACUGUAUGUCGCCAGCGUUGCCAUACAAACAUGAAGCACAAUCAGUCCAUCCCAGAGGGACCGAAGUUAUGAGAAGCUUUCCAAAUAUUUUGCUUUAUCAGCCGAUAUCAACACUUGUAUCUGGCCUCUCUGUGUCCCAGCGGUGCCUUGUGCAAUGUGCAUGUGCACGUCUAUGCUAAACCACCAUUUUAUUUGGUUUUUGUUUUGUUUUGGUUUUGCUCAGAUACUUGCCAAAAUGAGACUCUCCGUCAGCCGCUGCAGGGAGGGUCUGCGGCUCUCUUGCCUUUUGGUUUUGGGAUUGCUUUUGCUCCCAGGGGAACCGAAGAGGUGAGGUGGGCCUCCGCUUUCCCCUCAGCUUUCCUUGGGGGUGGCUGUGGGCCUCGGUCCCCUCCAGCCCGGGCUGCCCACAGCUUUGUCCCCCGCAGAGGCCCUGGCUCCCGGUCUGGAAGGGAGGCGUCCUCAGCCAGCACUCACAGAUCAGAUCGCUGGGCCUGGGAGCAGGGAAGGCUGGCUUGGUUCUCUUCUUUGGGGAGAACAUAGAGUUUCAUGCUAGAUGUUUUAUGUAUUAUAUC